UUCCCGGCAGCUUCACGGCCAGCUUGCCCGGCCUCAAGAUGGCCACCCUCCCCGGUUUAAAGGGGGAGCGGGGUGCGUCACUUUCCCAUCAACCCUUUUGUAGCUGCAAUCAGGGUCGCUUGCAGCGAUUUGAGGGAGGGGAGGCUGCUGGCCGGAGCGCUGGGGCUCUGAAUGGGAUAGAGCCGGGGAGCCGGGAGCCGGGAUGCCUGGGUCCUCUGGGGAGGAGGGAGCGGGGCUGCAAUAGGUCGUGGCCCGGAGCUGUGGGGUUCCCCGGGAGGAGGCGAGGCGUGCGAGGGAAGCCAUGUGCAGACAAGGGAGAGAGGGCUUCAUUGUGGCGCUGCUGCAGAGGGGCACGCUGAAGAGCGCUUGGAGGGUGCACAGCUGAUCUUCUUUUUUCUUUUUGGAGGGGGAGGCUUUUCAAGAUUGCUUUUAAUCCGUUAAAGGGCUGCAAUGCAGCAUCGGGGUGUUGCUUCCAGGGAAUACUGGAGAGUAGUAGAGUGGAUGUAUGGACAUCUGAGAGGAGAGAGCAGUUGCAUUAUUGUUUGUCCAGAGCUGGUGGGGUGGUAGGCAGAUAGGUUUUUGCGAGGCUGCGUGCAAUAUUUUUGGAUGCUGGAAAUUUUGGGAGGCAGGAGGCUGUGGGUGUGUGUGUGUGUUUUAUUAUUGUUCUGUUGCACUGGGGCUAGUUGGGUGGGGUGGAGAAUGCUGGCCAGUUUGUGAUCUCCCCAGGUGGUUGGGGAAUGGUCUCCAUUAGGGGACGCAGUUUGGGGAGCUGUACCUUUCUCCAGAGGAUAACCAGUGAAUUGGGGACAGGGGCUGAUCAUAGGAGUCCAUCUGUGAAAAAUCCCCAUUAACCUUUUGGUGGGUUAAAUCCUAUGCUGGGGUAAGAAUGCUUUCAUAUGGGAGUGUUGCAAUUCUAUGGAAGUUAUUCUAUUCACUUGGUGGGUACGUAUCUUCAUCUGAGAAAGAUUAGGUUUUGAUAAGGUUGACUACCUCCAAACCUUGACUUAAAACAAACAAACAACAGUAUCCUGCUACAUUGAUGAGGUGCUGGAGGAAUUCAGGAGGAAUUUUUAGAGGGUGCAAUCAUAUCACACUUUUUUUGGGGAGGGGAGGGUUGUGUGUACUACUUAAUUCACCAAGUGUGACCUCUUAAUUUUGUAGGGAUGUUCUAAUACAAGGACGUAAAUAUACUGUAUGUGUUCCCCGCGGAUAUACCACUGGUUUCAUUGUAUUAUAUGAAGAUGGUUAUUCAGUAGAAGCUGUAUUUGAGUAGGUAUUUAACUGUUAAUAGGGUAGGUUGGUCAGGGAAGUACCCCUUCCCCAUUAUAUUAGAACUCAAGAGGGAUGUCUAGAAGUGACCUAACUUUUCACGACAUCCCGUUAAUUUCCAGGAUUUGAUUGCAGGUUGUAGAAGUGUUGUCUACAUUUCUGAGUCGUUUCUUCCCUUUUUGGAAAUCUACUAUCGAAGUUAGAUGAUCCUUGGUAUAAGAGAAAUUGGGGUGGAGUGACGAAGAACCAUAUUCCUUGGGUGGGAGUGGGGGUGUUAUGUGUACAGUAUCUGGAUUAUUUGGAGGUCACACUGAACUGGAUGGAAACCGGAGCAGCUACAUGAGGUCAAUGUUCAACAGGUUAAUUUCCUCUUGACAAAGUGCUCUCAAACUCUGGUGCAACUUAAAUAACAGUUUUCCCGGAAAUAAUACCGGGGGGAGGGGGUUCUUUCCACCCCCUGAUGCUGCCCCAAGCCAUGUCGGCUUUUGGGGAUGCCCAUGAGUGGUAUAUGGGGGCUCUGAGCCGGCAGGAAGCAGCCGCCUGUCUCCAAGGACACCGCCAUGGAACCUUCUUGGUACGGGACAGCACCACAUGCCCCGGUGACUACGUGCUGUCUGUCAGCGAGAACUCCAAGGUGUCUCACUACAUCAUAAACAGCCUCCCCGGGCGCCUGCGGAUCGGGGAACACGAGUUUGACGGCUUCCCUGCUCUGCUAGAUUUCUACCGCCUCCACUACUUAGACACGACCACUUUGGUAGCCCCUGUGGGACGGGUUGUGGCGCCGGCCUCUGCCCAGCCGCCUCCCGCUGGGGAAUGGGUCCGGGCUCUCUAUGACUUCGUCGGCCGCGAUCAGGAAGACCUCCCCUUCUCCAAGGGGGAACCCCUGAGGGUGCUGGCCAAGCCGGAAGAGCAGUGGUGGACAGCGCAGAGGGCCGAUGGGCGUGUGGGCAUGAUCCCCGUGCCGUACGUCCAGCCCUGUCCGUACGCCCACCCGAGCAGCCACGGCGCCCCCCGCCAUGCUCCGGUCGUAGCGAGAGCGGUGCAGCGAAGGGUGCCCGGUGCCAGCGACAAGACGGCACUGGCCUUCGAGGUGGGUGACCUCAUUGCUGUCACCAAGAUGAAUGUCAACGGCCAAUGGGAAGGGGAGCUGAACGGGCGCCGUGGCCAUUUCCCCUUCACCCACGUCAAGGUCCUGGACCCUGAAGAAGCCAGCUGAACAUUUGAUGAUGUAACCCCUGGAACGUUGACUUUCCCUGCAGUGGGGCACGGCCCUUGAACUCUGACCCACACACUUGUGAGCUUCUGACCGUCUCAAACAUUGUACUUCCUUGAAUUUUGACCUACCCGGUGGAUGUUAUUGAUCAUCCGGUUCAUUGAUACUCAAGCUCCUUGGAUACGGACCUCUUCUACCACUUUGGACUCCUUAACCCAUGAACCUUGUUCCUUGACUCGCUGUUCUUAAAAUGCUGUGGUAGUUGAACCCUAUAAACUUCUGACUCUUUACGGGGAUCCGUUCAUAUUUCCUCCCUAGAAACGUCGAUCCAUUUUGGCCUUGUGGUUUUUUCCAACUCUGAUUAUGUGCCCUUGAAUCUCGCAACUCCGCAUCCUGUGCCCUGUGAACCCAGAAACUCUUGAGCUUUGAUUAUUGAUCCCCUUAUUCUUGUGAUUUUUCUCUCUCCGUUUGAUCCUGUCCACUUGGGGUGGGGAGACAGGGCGGUGGGGGGGGGGAGUGCUUGGCUUUGGCCAGAUUCCUGACAGGAAAUCCUCCCCACUCCUAAUAGGUACCCUGCUUCACUUGUUGUCUGUUCCAAACUGCCUUGUUAAUUAAAGUUUCCUGCUGAUUA